AUGGCAGUCAAUGCAUAUUCCAGUCUGCUACUUAUUCUCAUUUCUGUCUUUGCUGAAAUGCACUUGCAGGGUGCCACUGCUGACGGUGGUUGGAAGGGUGGCCGCGCUACUUUCUACACUGGUUCUUCUAAGACCAUGGGAGGUGCAUGUGGUUACGGGGAUGUGAUCGGCGAAGGAUAUGGAAGUGACACUACGGCUCUAAGCACUGCUUUGUUCAACAAUGGGUUGACUUGUGGGGCAUGUUUUGCAAUUAGGUGUGUUAAUGACCCAAAAUGGUGCAAGCCUGGCUCAGUUGUGGUUACUGCUACAAACUUGUGUCCUCCCAGCAACAAUGGUGCUGGUUGGUGCAACCCUCCUCUACAACACUUCAAUUUGGCAGAGUCAGCCUUCCUCAAAAUUGCUCAAUAUCGUGCUGGAAUUGUGCCUGUGCAAUAUACAAGAGUGCCCUGUGUGAAAAAGGGAGGAAUAAGGUUCACAAUUAAUGGCCAUUCUUACUUCAACCUGGUUUUGAUCACCAACGUCGCGGGUGCAGGGGAUAUCCAUGCAGUCUCCUUCAGAGGGGCCAGCGGUGGCUGGGAACCCAUGUCAAGGAACUGGGGGCAAAAUUGGCAGAGCAACGCCUACCUCAAUGGACAAAGCCUCUCUUUUCAAGUCGCCGCCAGUGACGGUAGAAUUGUGACAUGCAACAACGUGGUACCAGCUAAUUGGCAGUUUGGUCAGACCUUCCAAGGGGAUUCACAGCACGCUCUCUUUUUCGUUUUAAUUCCUUUCUCCUCUGCCCGGACUCCGAUUCCGGGUCGGGUUGUGCCCGUGUUAUCGACAGUGAUGGGCGAUCUUCAUGCGAACGGCGCCGUUUUCGGGGAGGAUCGCCCUUGCGGGUCCUCGCCGCCGUCUCCGCCGCUUCCGCUUUCGAAUCCCGAUCCGUCCUCCGUCCCGGCGGACGCUUGGGCGGCGGCCGAGCAAACAACUGGCGAGAUUCUCCACAGCAUACAGCCUACGCUUGCCGCCGACCGUAGGCGGAGGGAGGUCGUGGAUUACGUACAGAGACUCAUUCGUUACGGCGCCCGAUGUGAGGUGAUGUUGCUUGCUUUCUUCGAUUUUCAUCAUUAUUCAAUUGUCGUCGUGGUCACCGACGAUCGUUUUGGUUGCGUUGAUGUUUGCUUUCUUUUUUCGUAUUUAAUUGAAUUGAGUUUAAACGAUCUUGGCGUGCUUGUUCGUGUCUAG